AUGUCUGGUCUCAAGGUCGGCGAGCAGUUCCCCGAGGGCGUUGCCUUCCAGUACAUCCCCCACCAGGAGGAGACUGCCGACUUCAAGGUCUGCGGUAUCCCCAUCAAGUACGACACCGCCAAGGGUAAGUCUCUCUAUCAAUUGAAGCAUCACGGAACAAGAAAGACAUUCGUGGCUAACUCCUCCCGUCUCCCAACAGAGUUCAAGGACAAGAAGGUCGUCAUCGUCUCCAUCCCCGGUGCCUUCACUCCCACCUGCUCCGCCUCCCACCUGCCCGGCUACAUUGAGCACAAGGACGAGCUCAAGGCCAAGGGCGUCGACCAGGUCAUCUUCCUCGCCUACAACGACCCCUUUGUCAUGUCCGGCUGGGGCAAGGCCAACAACAUCAAGGACGACUUCAUUAUCUUCGCCUCCGAUGCCAACGCCGCCUUCUCCACCUCCAUCGGCUGGAACCACGGCGAGCGCACCGCCCGCUACGCCAUCGUCAUCGACCACGGCAAGGUCGUCUACGCCGAGAAGGAGACUGAGCUCCAGGGUCUCGAGGUCUCUGGCGCCGAGCCCGUUCUCAAGGCUCUGUAA